GCAGAUCUACCGCAGGUACGGACUCACGCUCCUGGUCCAUGUGUCUGCUCACGACGCAGAUCUGCCGCAGGCUGUACGAGCACGUGUUCGUGCACGUGCCGUCGAACACCAGGAUCCACCUGGGCCAGUACGUGGCCGGCGUGCUGCAUUACGUGCUUGGCGUGGCCGCCGUGCUUGCCGAGGCUCCUGGCUUCGUUGAGGACGGUGGUCGUGGUCGCCGCCUGUUUAACGUGACCAAGCUGAGCUGGCUGGACCGGACCUGUGGCGCCAUCUUUAUGCUGGCUUGGCUGCAUCAGUACAAAGCACACUGUAUCUUCGCCAACUUGAGGAAAGAUGAGUCCGGCGCCGUGGUGAGCGAGCGCCACGCCAUCCCUCGCGGCGACUGGUUCGAGUACGUCUCGUGCCCACACUACCUGGCCGAGGUGGUCAUGUACACCUGCCUGGCGGUCAUCCUGGGGCCGGCGCACCUCUCGUGGCUGGCCGUUUGGUUCUGGGUCGUCUCGAACCAGGUGGGGGCCGCACUGAUGUCGCACAUCUGGUACAGGCAGAAGUUCGACGACUACCCGGCGCAGCGGCGGGCCAUUUUGCCGUACUUGCUGUGAGGUGCGCAGCGGACCGCGGCCGGUGGCGGGACGCGAAGUAUCGACCCGGCAGUCACCCAGGGACCCCACCCGCUCGUGUGAAGUGGUGCUGUCGCAGCUGAAGAUAGAAACACGAUCGGUGGUGGAGUUAGGUCGUGGCGACCGUCACGCCUGCUGUUGACCCACUCAUACUUUUGCUGGGGGAUGAAUCCCUGUAUCCCGUCAGGGGGCCUGUCCGAAUGAAACGGUCGCCGCAACAGAAGCUCUACUAUCCCUGUUUGCACAGGGAAUUGAAAAUCGUCGUCGACCACGUCGCGCAUGCCCCGCGUUCUCGGUCGGUUCAGGAAAUGGAGCAAUUGUCAAAGAGGCGGCGAGGCCAAGACCACGGCGUCACCGUGGGAGGCUGCCCUUCACACAGCUGCAUUUGGGCCACGUCGGAAGUGAUGCGAGUUGUGUAUGACUGGCUUGGCACUUGUCAUCGCGCGCCAACACCUGUUACCAGCACAACGCCGUCGGGCUGCGGUCGGGCAGCCGCUGUUGUCUGAUCCAUACCACGUCGCCAACACGUAUGCAUGAUGUACAGACGUAUCGUAUGGCGGCGUUGCCUGCCUCCCAUGCGUCAUGGAUUGCGCAGGUUGGUGUGGGCUCCUAUUACCGUGUCGCACUCGUCGACGCCUGUUUAACCGUACGCGUCCUGGUGUACGCUCAGCAUGUCUAUAUACAAGCCCUUCUCGCCAUGA